GUGAUCUGCCGUACACCAAAAACGCGUCUGCUGCACAUUUUCAAGCAGUUUCGCCUGACAAAAAUCAACCAAUUUUUUAGAUUUCCUUUUUUGCAACAAACGUUAAUACAAAUUAUAGGAAAAUUUAUAGAAAUUGCGAUCGGAAAACGCAUGCGCAACAAUCAGCACAUCGUAAUGACGUCGCCAACGCGAGCACACGCAACCAAAGCAGCUACCGCACUUUUCCUACUACUCUCCCUCGUGUGCAGCUAUGCGCAGCCACAAACGCCCGCACAACAGCAAACUGUAGAAAUUACAGGCAAACCAACCAUCUAUAAGCCAGCCAUUAUACGCACAGAACUGCGCUUCGGGCGCAACCUUGAUCCGGAGAAGGUGCGCGUCGUGAAUGUGAAGUCCAACACAGGCGAGAAUGUCGAACUCUUAGUUGGCAAGGACUCUAGGCGUGGGCGACUUGAUGACGCUGCGAGUAGCUUUUUUGUGCGCAGCGCCGAUGUACAAAAGCCCACGCCGCGUCCACAAAACGUCAAGCCAACCGCAUUAAGUUUCCAACAUACGCCGGCGCUGCUGAAGCAAGCCGAACUGGCGCGCCAAGGAAGAGACUAUCAACAGCGCAAAGCUGAUGCGGAAGCGCGUCAAGUUCUGAAGAUACAGAAUGCACUGCGCGAGGUAAAUAGCGCGCAGGCGUCCGGCGGCAGAGCGCAAUAUGCACGUGGACUACAAUUACGCAACGACGCGUACGAUGGCCCGCGAGUGCAUUUGGAGCCGCAACAGCGAUCCGGAAAUGAGUUCCAUUAUGUCGCGCAGUACGAUGCGCCAAGUCAGCAGCAACCCAUCAGCUUCAUACCCAUGCAGCGCAGUUCAAAUGGUAACAAUAAGAGUUUCUCCUUUCCCUCCGAGGUAGUUCAACCAAUUGAUCGUUCCUGGCAGCCACUGGAAUCCGUAAACGCGCCACGCCCACGUAAUUUGCGUCAAGCGCCACAACAAUACAAUACGCCAGCUGACACAUACGCGCUCGGUGGUGGUUAUAGUUUUCGUCCCAUUUUUAAUGAAGCGCUACGUUCUGUAGCUGAGUAUUAUUCGAAUGCAGCGAACAACGCACGCCGUUCCGCACGUCCGAAUAAUAUCAUCACCAAGGAUGUCUAUGCGAGCGGUAGUAAGAAGAAGAUCAACUAUAUACCCGCCGCCGUAGUGUUGACCUCAUCGACAGCCGUCAUGUCGGCUAACGGUAAUACUAACAGCCACACCAGCCACAACAAAUUUAGCCAUAACAAUGUCAACCAGCACGGUAACUAUAAUUCUAAUAACAGAUAUAGUGAAUCCACACCAUCUAAGGUGGCAAAAUUGAGGGACGCGCCGAAUCCCUAUGGCGCCGCUUCAUCGCCAGCAUCGGCUAUAGUUGACGGUCCAGCAGUGACGGUGAUAGAAGGCGUGCGUGUACCCGAUGCGCCCGAGGAUAAGAUGAGAACUUGGCGGAACGCGCGUGUACUGAAUAACAAGCUCGUGCCCUACCCAGACGGAUACACGCCGCCAAAGGUGCAGAUACAACACUUCGAUAGAUGAGCGAACGCACUGAAACCCGAUCGAAAGUACAUUCAUUUGUACGGAUAAACUGCCAAAAAUAUACUAAAAAUAUUUUCUAAAUAUAUCAAACUCUGUAAACUGUAUUCAUAGUUAAGCGCCGUAAGGUUUUUUAAAAUAAUUCUUAUAAUUUUUGUUUGCCAGGUGUUGGCUUUCAAAUUUGCUUGUUUUCUGCUAUGCAAAUCAUUCUUGCUGUAUACUUAUUGUAAUUUAUUUAUGCUAUGUUAUCAAAAAUAUGUUUUUGUUAUUUAUUUAAAAAAUAUAUAAAAGUAUUUUAAGUAGCUCCCGAAAACCUAUUCAUAGAAUGAUUACUUGUUCUUACUCUUUAUAAUCGGAUGCAAGAAAAUUGCCCACUUUAUGUUGCAACUGGGUAUUUCAGCAUUUCCUCCUAUCCCAAACAUUAAACAAAAAAAUCGUAGUUUAAGUAUUUGAACUGUUAACUAAGUAUUGGAUUUAUCUUAGGAGAAACGAAUAAGAAUAAAAUAUAUAUAUAUUGCAUA